CCACAGUCAUACGCGUAGUACCUUCCCCACAAGUCCCUCCCUUCCCUCCUCCCACCCAAAACACCCCCAUUAACCACCAAACCACACCGAUAAGUUACUUCACCCAAAAGUACCAACCCGCCACUACUGCACCCUCCUCCCGGCUCCCGCUCUCUCCGGUCCCUCCAGACCAUCUUCACGCCGACUGCGAUUCGCCAACCACCGCCGCGUCUCUGGUCUUUGCACAGCCCUACUACGACAGCGUACCUGCUUUGGCCUAUCUCGCCGAGACUACUUCCGCGCGGCAGUUGCUUCUUCUUCGUCUCCUCCUCUCUCUCUUUCUCGGUCCUUUCUCUCUGUUACCAUUUCUCAGAUAUAAUUUCAAAGGCAGCCUUAUGCACAUGCGAAAAGGGACGAUGCAGAGCUGUAGGACGCCCCGACGAGAUCAGAGCCGCGAACAUCCUUAGGAGGCUUGGAGAGCUAGCUGCUGGGAGAUAGCAAGCUAUAGAACAGAGAGGAGGAAAGAAAGAGCAAGAGCUCGGAUUGGUGAAGAAGGGAAGGGGAUACAACCACAAGCAACAGGAGCAGAUAUGCCGCCGAGGCGCUCGCAUAAGAAGUCAAGGGCGGGUUGCCAGAGAUGCAAGUUAAGAAAAGUUAAGUGCGACGAAGCCCACCCCAUCUGCGGGAACUGCACCAAACACGGCGUCCCCUGCGACUUUGACGACCCCUCCGCCCUCUCCCCCCCCAACUCGCUCGUCCGCUACACCACCCCUUCAUCCUCCAGCAAUUCCUCAUCCACGCCCAAACCCUCACCCUCAUCUUCCACAUCCCACCAAUUCCCCCCCUCUCCCAACCUCCCGUUCCACCUCGAUCCGCCAUUACCAUCCACGACGCUGUCUCCUUACUCCCCCACCUCGCGCGCCACGGAGCUGAGAUUGCUGCAUACAUACACCACCCUCACGGCCCCGACGCUGGCGUGGGGUGAUACACCCCCCGCAGCGCUAGCAUGGCAGCUCGCAGUCCCGAAUCUAGCAUUCAACACACCCUGCCUAAUGGACGCACUCCUCGCGAUCGCCGCCCUACACCUACGGGCACUCACACCCUCUGACCCCUCCCUACCGCGGUUAUUCCACGCAUACAUGGCCUCCGCGCUAUCCAGCUACACAGCGACACUCCACUCCGGCGUAACAGCCGAAAACGGUCCCGCCCUCUUCGCAACAGCUGCGUUGAUAGCUUUCCAAGCCUCUGCGUCGCGGCGGUUUCUCAACGAGCCCGGGAGCGAGGCAGAACCGUAUUCCCUACCCACACAAUGGUUCCACGCCUUCCAAGGUGUGAAAACCGUCGUUAUCGCCGCGUGGCCUUUCCUCCGCUCCUCGGAUAUCCGGCCGAUUAUCUCUGCGCAACCCGCUCUCGCACUAGAUCUCCACCCCAGCCGACCCGCGUUUUUCGACGACCUACUAGUAGGACUCGAUGAACAACUCGAAGCCCUACCAGAGGGAGAAAGAGACGAAACCCGCCGCGCCUACGAGCACUCUGUCGCCUAUCUGAACUGGGCCCACGCCCGCCCCGAAAAAGCCCGCAUCGUCGGCUUCCCCGCCACCGUCUCGCGCCGGUUCAUCGAGCUAGUCGACCGCGCCGACUCCCGCGCCCUCGCCGUCAUCGCUAGUUUCUUCGCCAUGACCCGCGCCGUAGACGGCGCAUGGUGGCUCUCCGGGGUAGCUCUUAAAGAAGUCCGCGGGAUCCUUGGGUUAUUGGAUGAGGAGUGGAGGGAGAGGGUGGGGUGGGCGGUUAGGGUGGCGGAGUGGGAGGGGGAGGUGGGGGAGGAUGUUUGGGGGGGGAGGUGGGGGGAGGGGGAAGGGGUUGAUGGGGGGAGUGGUGGGUGGGGAGAUGUUAGUGAACAUAUUGAGUUUGUGUUGACGAGGGGGGGGGGGAUGGUGGAGGGGGAGGCGUAUGGGGGGGUUGCGGAGGAGUAUGGGAUGGCGCUUGAUUGAUUGGGUGAUGGGUUGGCAGAUAUUUUGGGGGGGGGUUAUAUUCAUUGCAGAGGAGUUUUUGGGAGUGUGGGAGGGGAACAAUACAGCUGCUAGGAUUUCUUGGAGAUGGGCAUGGAGAGGGGGUCAAUAUCCACGUAUACGUAAAUAAUACACACAAAGAGGAUGUAUCAGAUACCGAUCGAUACACGUCACGCAAAAAAUCAGUAUAAAUAUUCU